GAGCAGUGAUCGAGGGAGAUAUUUCACCAAAGCCAUCCGACAGACAAGACUCACAAGGGAGUCCUGCUGCCAUGGAGGAGAUGUUGCUUCACACUGAGAACAUUGACGAGGCAACUGCUGAAGUGGAAGCUGCUGGCGGCCACAUUCUACUCCAACUUGGUCACAACCUCUUGGUUGCAAAAGUCCCCUCUUAUGUAGCCAAGCAGAAUAGCUUCAGUCAAGCUUCAGCCCAUAUUCCGAGCUCAGCAUCAGUGCAAAGCUUGAGUCAUGCUAAUGCCUACUGGAUGGCACGAGAAGAUGAGCUGAAACCACAACCAACGGUUCAGAAGUGGACAGAAAGAACGGCUCCAAUGGCCUUUAAACGAGAAGAUUCAGACAAACGUUUUCAGGGAGAGUCACCCUACAGCCCAACCAUGACUGGGAAGAUUGCGUUUGCUAUUCUUGCUGCUUCCGGUCCUGGUAGCUUAGCAAUAAGCGAUAGUGAGCUUCAGAAGAUUGAAAGUGAAUGCAUAACAGGGCUUAAAUUCUGGGUAAACCAAGCUCAGAAAAACGUGGUUAGUUUGUCCUUUUAUGUGUAUUAUGGGAAGGCAACGAUCAGUGCUUCCAACCCAACCUCUUGCUCUAGCUAUGCAGCUUGCCACAACGUGUUUGCUAAUCCUACACUCCAAGCUUUUGGGUUCUCAACUGAUCAAACUGGAAGGGACCAAGUAGCACAACAUAUCAAAGACCGUGCUGGUGCUGAUGGUGCUUUCUUUGGUUUCUUCUCUAAGUACAGGCAAAGACAUUUUGCGUAUGCUUACUUUGGUGGCGGACCUUUGUACAUGCAGUACAGCAAUGACGGUUGGGGUUCCGAUCAGAUUGACAGGGUUUUCGCUCAUGAAGUUGGACAUGUUUUUAACGCUCCUGACGAAUACACAAAUUGUAAGUGCUCCACAAGUUAUGGCAAGGGAAGCUGCACUGCUAGAAACUCCAACUGCAAGACCUGCACUUCUUCUCAAGGUGGCUGCAUUAUGGACAAGAAUGAUCUGGGAAAUCUUUGCCAGAGCAGCAAGAAGCAUAUCGGUUGGUGCUAAGAAGACUUGGAAGACUUGGAAUACUUUUGGACUGCUUAACGGAC